UUUCCCGACCAAUAUGACUAAGCCUACGCUCCUUGUCCGAAGCACUGCCCUGCUCCUUUGCCUAUUGAUCUUCCAAGCAGGGUCCACUUCCCAUGGGCAAGCGAGUGUAUCAGGAGCCCGCAUCAGCAGCGACCAAUAUGCGCUUCUGUCCUUCAAGGCAAGCCUCCUAGACCGUGCUGACCGUCUCUCGUCAUGGCAGGGUGAGGAUUGUUGCGAAUGGAAGGGAGUCCGGUGCAGCAACAGAAUGGGCCAUCUCAUCAAGCUCAGCUUCCGCAACAUCGACAUGGACGAAUACAACUACCCGAAUAUGAGCAGAUCAUUGAGCUUGUCAGUAGGCGAGAUGAGCUCUACUUUGGCUACUUUACAAAACCUGAGGUAUCUUGAUCUGAGCGGGAAUUACUUCAACUGUACAAGCAUCCCUGUGUUCUUGGCUUCCCUCAAUAACCUUAGGUAUCUCAACCUCUCGUUCGCCGGAUUCAGUGGGGCAAUACCUUCCCGACUUGGCAAUCUCUCAAAAUUGCAUUAUCUUAAUGUCAGUUGGAACGAUUUCCAAACAAUGGAUCUUGCAUGGUCACCAGUCUAA